AUGGACGGCGUUACUCUUCCUAAGGUAAAAAAGAAAUGGAAGGACGCACUUCACUCUUCCAUAUCAUUGCUUGAACGGAUACAUACUGAGGAGAAUGCAUCGCCGCAAUGGACGCGGGCCGUUCCUAGCCGUGAUGGCGCACCGGACGAAAUACCCGAGCAAGUGCAGCUGGCUGUGAUGCGCCGUCGCGUGGCAAACACGGAUGUGUUUCGUGCAACGUGGGAAGGCAUGUGGGACGAGGGCGCUGGUGGUGUGGUAGAUCUCGAAGCAUUCUUUGCGCUAUUCUCGUCGCAGGAACUGCUGUCGCAAUGGCUCCCGCUGGUCGAGAGCUCUACAAUGAUCGAGGCGCUCGGCAGUCACACGCGUGUAUGUAAGACAUGCUUCAGGCUUGGAUGGCCUGCGAGUCCGCGAGAUGCAGUGCUACUUACCCACACCGUGCGCGAUGACAAGCGUGUGCUGCAUGUGGCCACGUCGGUGCCACGCACUGCUGAUGCGCCAUCGUACUUGCGACCUUCGCCCCCCUAUAUCCGCACGCAAAUUCACCUGCUUGCACUUUUCGUGGCGUGCCCAAGUCCCGAGCGGGUCGCUCUGACUGUGUACUGGUCGAUGGACGCGCGGGGCUCGAUGCUGGGUGUGCGUCCGAAUGCCAUGGCAUCGUCGGUUCCACGUAUGCUGCCCAAGAUGGCGGCAUGUGCAAAAACACGGGGCAUGCAUGUCCCUUAUGUGCAUGCGUUCGGCGCCGGCCUUGUCGUAACGAGCGAGCGCGCUGCAACGGCGCUGCACGUGGAGUUCAUCCUCGUGCACGACGACGACGAUGACCAAGUAUUUGACGCAGAGGCAGCACUGCCACGCUCGAUAUGCGUGCGCAUGUCCGCAAAAAAUGCAUGGGAUGUGCGUUUGCGCACGUUGGACUCGGCGGGGGGAUGCCCUGCAUACACGUCUAAGCUGACGCGCAUCGGUGCAUGGUACGAGCUCUGUAUCCAGUACGAAAAGCUGGAGGAUGCGCAUGCGACGCUCCACGCGGCGCUCGAAGCAAGUGUCCGCACUGAUGCUGAAGAGGGCGUGUAUGUGGACGACUUUGCGAUGGAAGCGACGGAACAGACGCCGCAUGCGUCCGACAAUGCGCUGCUUGCCCGACUGGCCCUGUCCGAGCAGCAAACGCCUAGCGGCAAUGUGGAUACGGUGCAACGAGGUAUUCAAGGUCUUUCACCGCUUGCUGCGACGGUGCGUCGCAAUUACAUCUACUUUACGUCGCUGCUCCAGGAGCCCGAGGCGAAAUGGAGGCGUGUGAGCGAUGUGCGUGGUGUGACAGUGACGCAGCUCGAGUCGAUUGAUCCGACGCUUGUUGUGUAUCGCGCUGAAGCUACGUUUGUGGGCCUCACUGUCUGGGAUUUAUACAGUGCCUUGAACUCGCCGGCCAUGGUGCGGCGGUGGAAUGCGGCACUCGACGAUGCGACCCUGAUCCAGGAUCUGGGUGGACAAAGUGCGGUGUGGCACGUACGCUACGCGCCGGCGUGGCUGGCUCAAGCACGCGAUGCUACGCUUGUACAGACGGCGUAUCAAUCGCCCACCUCCAUCCAUGUCUUCUCCUUUUCGGCGGACGAGCAUAUUUCUGAGCUGCCCGCACCGGCACCCGGCACCGUGCGCAUGCAAGUCGAUCUGUGCGGCUGGAGCAUCGAGGCCCUCUCGCCGACCACUGUGCAUGUGACGCUCGUUGAACAGAGUGACCCACGUGGCUGGCUCUCCAAGACUCGCACUCCGCCGCAGAUGAUCGUCGCCAUGGCCGGCGCUGGCGAGCACGUUCUACGACAUGGUGCGCCGCCAUGCAUCUCGCGUCUCUUUAAUGCGCGUGUGCAGACGCAGGCGUAUGGUGAGGACUCGUUCGACGUGUCGUAUGUCGCGGCAGCCUGUGAUGCCCCCGAUGCCACGCAUGUCGAGUGUGUACUGUGGGCGAGCCUUGAGGGAUGGGCGCCGAAUCUCGACGUCUUGGUCGAUCCACCGCCAUCAUCGACGUCAUGCCUACGUCGACAUCGACUUGCUGGCGGCGGUGGUCUCUGGAUCACGCUGGAGCACCGCGUCGCCGACCUCUCGGAGCAGUGUGUGCGUGUGUGUGUUCGGAAGGGUCCAGCCAAGUCGCUCGAACGAGGCGUGGUCUUGCUGAACGGCGCUCGUGUGCAUGUCGACGUCGAGGGCAUGGAUCCCGCACAGCUACAGGCUCUCGCACGCAUGAAACGCACCAAGCCCCGGCAUGUGCCACUCGAUCUUCCUGUGCGUGCAUCGCGUUCGGCGGACGGGUACACGGAGCCUAUCGUGGAGUCUGCGGCAGAGGUGCGCGAGCCGGAGGUCAAGCCGCCGACGCAUCCGGCGCUGGACGCCCUCGCACUGCUGAGGUGCAUCCAUGCUGAGCGGCAUCCUGACCCGGCUGGGCCCCAGGGUGGAUGGUCGCUCAUGUCAGAAAAGAACGGCGUAUAUGUCCACCGCCGCCUGGUCGAGCGUAUCUCGCCCCAUGUGAUGGUGCAUCGCACGGACAAGAUCAUCCAGGGUGUGGCGGCCGAGGAUCUACUGCCGCUCGUCGCCGAUCCACAUGCGCGCUGUGCGUGGGACGAGCAUCUUGCAUCGUGCCGGAUGCUUGAGAGUUUCGGCAGCGGCACGAACACUGCGUUGUGGACGUCGCAUGCAUCAUUUCUCUUUGCACCUCGCAUGUUUGUUGUCUCGAGCAUAUCGGCCCACGGACAUGGGGCCGAUGUGCCGCUGGAACAGACUUCCCCUGUCGCGGCGCAGCAGCCCGUCUACUUCCACGCGACAGCUUCGUGCGAUGCAUCUCGGUGGGACAUGUCGUUGUGGAACCCUGAUGCAAGACCAAUAGGCACCGUGCUGAUGGACGGCUGGAUCUUCGAGAAUGUCGAUCCAUAUAGCAUGGAGCAGUAUGCGAUUCCGAGCACACGCUGUAUUUAUGUCGUCGCGAUCGAUUAUGGCGGCGUGCCUCGCAGUCUCAAUGCUCUGUGGAAUGCAAGUCUGCCGGAGUGUGUCGUGCAACUCGAGCGUUGGGUAUCGCAGCAUGGCCCUCUUUCUUCCGUGCGUAUGCCGCCCCGCUGCGUCAAUGUGCAUGGCGACGCGCGCGAUGACUCACUGCGUGGAUCUUGGACACUGCAUCGCGGUCGAAGGGCGUCGACGCUGGUGACCUGCGACUUUGAGCACGACACACGCACACAGCAUGUCGUGGCCAUCGUCGAUAUGUCCGUGCCUUCGCCCAAGCAGCUGCCGGCGCUGGCGGGUGACGACGAGGCAGCAGAGACGUCAACGUCGCCUGCCCCACCGCGAUUGUCAUCGCGCGGCUCGGCGUACUUUCACAAGCGCUCGGCGGCUGCCGAACCGCUGAUCCUUGUCGACAUUCAAGUGGCGCUGCAAUACUAUCCGCAAGGGUACGACGUGCAGGUGACGUGGUCUCACGUCGAGGCAGGCGUAUGCGAUCUUGCCGCAUUGCCUGCUUCACCACCCACCGACGCGAUGCCCAUCGAUGUCCGUGUGCUCGAUAUUCAGCCCAGUGCCCUUCAGGCGGCUACGCACACACACGCUGAGCCAUCUCACCGCCAUUGUGUCCGAGUCACCCUGCCGGAGCGCGCCUAUACCAAGCCUUUCCUCGUUCGAGCGGUCAUUGCGCCGCUCGAAGGCCGUGCAUACACGAAUGCGACACCCUCGCAUGUACCUGUCACCAUCAACCAUCGCGUCGCUGAGAUUUGCUAUGGCCACGAAUCCGCACGUGAGCCACUCGAUGUGGACGUCGAUCAGCUCGAACAUAUAAGUGAGCCGACCACGAGGCAUGUAGGUCUUCCUCAUGUGCCGAUUGCGUCGGUGGCGGCACAUUCUCCGGAGGCAGCAUCGACGGCGGCGCCCACGCCCAGCACCGAAAACGUCUCGGCGGCCGACGAGUCGACCGACGCGGAGAAGAUGGCGCCGACCGCUCCGGCUCCAUCUUCUACACCCCUGAUGAGUCUCUUGUCGCCUCAGGGAUGGUACGAUGGCGUCAUGUCACUUGUGCGGCCGACGAAGCGCACUGACACAGAGGCGUCUGUAUCACCGACGCCCAAUUCGCAGCCGCCGACCAGCGCCGCCCCAUCGAAUGCAUCCACGUCCGUGUCAUCACCGGCAUCGCCCGUAUCACCGACCACACAGACAAACCAGCAGGUGCCAAUGCCGCGCGGAGGCUACCAACUGUCGACGCUGAUCCUCUUUAUGAUCUUGGCCUUCUUACUCGGCUCUCUGACACGCGCAUUUGUACAGCCCGCUGAUUUUGUGUUGAUGCCAUUUACCUCCAACAACGCCGUACCUGCGGCUCCCGCGCGCAGUGAGCUUAAGGAAGGCGAAUCGCUACGCAUGAUCGAUGUUGCUGCCCGCGAAAUCGACAACUUCGUGCGUGCUGCGCGCCAAUUGCAUACAUUUGCGCGUUUUGGCUACACCGACGAAGCGACGCUGGCGGAGCAGGAGGCGCGUUCCGAGUGCCUCGAAGAAUCCGGGAUGGUGCGCUGGCACGAAAUGCACCGGUUCGUGGACAUUUAUCUGCCCGGCCUGCCUUGGCGCCUUGUCAUGGGACUCGCUGGCGUAUAG